UCCUCCUCCUCCUCUUCCCGAUUACAGCCAGAGACAUCCAAUCAAACGCCGAUCUCAUCGAUCCGUGCCCGCUCACCGCGGAUUUUGGAGGCGCGCGGACAAAAUUAAGCAAGCAGGCAUCGGCGCGGGAGGGCGACAAGUCCGUCCGUCUCUUCCUUCAUUCGAAUACUCUGUUUUGCUUGUUGUAUAAAGAGAUAAAGAUGAUGGACGUUUAAAGGUGCCAAGGUUGAAAGGUUUGAAGGCGCUGGGAGUCGUGGAGUCUUUGGGAUUUUUUUUUUUUUUUUGGGCAGAAUGGCACCGACGGCGCACUGAGACUCUCAGACUCUCAGACUCUCAGACACUGAUCCUAACCCUAACCCUAAGCGCUUUUGCUUUGAACCCCAGGAUCGGAUUCCUCAUGGAUAACGCGGCUGAGCAGGGGAGUGAGUACCCUCGCCUGUUGCGGCUGCCAGCGCGGACUGACUGAGUGACUGAGUGAGUGAGGGAGUGAGUGAGGGAGUGAGAAUCACAGCAGCGAGCCUGGAAGCGGCUUUUUCCCUUCUUCCCUCUCACACCGACCGACCGACCGCCCGACCGACCGCUGCUCGGAACAGAGAGGAGGAGAACGCAAGGAGAUCGCCUUUUUCAGCUUCCCCUGCUUCUGAUCUGCACCUUUUUCUUCAUCGGGUCUUGUUUUGGGCUCUGAAAGCCUCAUGCCAGCCUGGUGAAAGGGUGAAAGGGUGAAAAGGCGCCGCGUGAAGAAGGAGGAGAGGAGGAGAGGAGAGCAGCUCCGGAUUCCAACUCUGCAGAAAGAGCCUUACACACACACACACACACACACACACUCUCUCUCUCUCUCUCUCUCUCUCUCUCACACACACACACACACACACACCACCAUGCCGAGGAGGAAACAGCAGGCGCCCCGGCGCUCGGCAGGCACAUUCAUCAAUGGCUCUAAUGGUCAAUCAGAAGUUGGCAGACAUAUGUUCCCGAGGAGCUAAAAGAAGCUGCCUUAAUGGAUGAGGAUGUAGAGGGAGAUGAUUCAGCGGUCGAGGAGGAGCCUACCGUUAAAUACAUGUGCCAAGACAAGGACUUCCUUCUCAAAGACCGGCCAGGCUUCCACGACUCUCCGACUGCAGACCUCUCCAGCCAUGAAAUGGACAGCGAGUCACACCUCAGCGAGACCAGUGACAGGAUGUCAGACUUUGAGAGUGCCUCAGUGAAGAAUGAUGAGGAUAGCACUGCCAAGGAGCCACUUACACCACUCAGUUCAACUAUGCCCAUGAAGAUGACAGCUGUGGCCCCACCCAGCAGUGAGGAAACGCCCACUACAGGCCCAGACAGCCUUGAACAGAUGAAGGCCAUUUACACCAGCUUUUUGACCAAUUCUUACUGGUCAUCGCUGAAUAUGACACAGCCUCCACCUGAAAAACCCCCACGCAGCCACAGCAGUAGCAGCAGCAGUAGUAGCAGCAGCAGUAGCUGUGGUAGUGGGGGCUAUGACUGGCACCAAUCAGCUGUUGCCAAAACCUUGCAGCAAGUUUCACAGAACCAGAACAGAAUACUACACCAAGCUUCUGAGCCUAACCUCUUUAGCACUGUGCAGCUGUACCGGCAAAGCACCAAACUCUAUGGCUCCAUAUUUACAGGUGCCAGCAAGUUCCGCUGCAAAGACUGCAGUGCUGCCUAUGAUACGUUAGUUGAGCUUACGGUGCACAUGAAUGAAACAGGCCAUUACCGAGAUGAUAACCAUGAAACAGACAGUGAGGGCACUAAGCGCUGGUCCAAGCCACGCAAACGUUCCCUGCUGGAGAUGGAAGGCAAGGAGGAUGCUCAGAAAGUACUCAAAUGCAUGUACUGUGGCCACUCCUUUGAGUCACUACAGGAUCUAAGUGUCCAUAUGAUCAAGACAAAACACUAUCAAAAAGUGCCUCUCAAGGAGCCUGUGACACCUGUGGCAGCCAAGAUCAUCUCCUCUGCUCGGAAAAGAGCCCCCAUUGAGCUGGAUCUGCCCAGCUCACCAGACUCUAAUGGAGGAACACCCAAACCCUCUCUCGCAGACACCAGUGACCUCUUGCAGAAGACAGCAAAUCCCUACAUCACUCCUAAUAAUCGUUAUGGUCAUCAGAAUGGUGCUAGCUAUGCAUGGCAGUUUGAAUCUCGAAAAUCACAGAUUCUGAAAUGCAUGGAAUGUGGAAGCUCCCAUGAUACCCUGCAGGAGCUAACAGCUCACAUGAUGGUCACUGGACACUUUAUUAAGGUUACAAACUCUGCCAUCAAGAAAGGCAAGCCUAUUAUGGAGGUGCCAACCAACCCUCCCCCUAACACCAUGUCCUCUAGUGAGGAAAAGGUACAGUCGGUGCCACUGGCUGCUACAGCUUUUUCCCCACCUCCUCCUGCACCCCCUCCACCCAGCAUAUCCCCUGCCAUAACUGCUAAGGAAAUUAAAAAAGAGGAAAAGGAAGAAGAGUGCACAAAGGAAACCACCAAUAGCAGCAAAGAGAGGAAAGCAACAGACGACGAAGCGGAGGAGAAGUUUGACAUUUCUUCCAAGUAUCCAUAUCUGACUGAAGAAGACCUGGAAGAAAGCCCUAAAGGUGGGAUUGACAUUCUCAAAUCACUGGAAAACACAGUUACGUCUGCCAUCAACAAAGCACAGAAUGGCACACCCAGCUGGGGAGGAUAUCCCAGCAUCCAUGCUGCUUAUCAACUCCCAAACAUCAUGAAACUUUCCUUGCGCAACUCAGGAAAGAGCUCCCCACUGAAGUACAUGUUCUCGGGUGAAGAGAUCCUAUCCCCAACCAAAAAUCAACCUCUUAUCUCUCCUCCAAGCUGUCAGACCUCACCUCUACCCAAAAAUAACUUUCACGCCAUGGAGGAACUUGUCAAGAAAGUAACGGAAAAAGUGGCCAAAGUGGAGGAGAAAAUGAGGGAUACAACUUCACGAGCUUCCCCUCUAAGGCGAACCACACCCUCUCCUUGCAGUAGUGAAGCUGGGGAGUCUGCCAGAGGGGAUUCACCCAAAGAAAGCAGAGUAGUCAAAACCCCAGAGACCAAUGGGACAGUAAACGCUCACAAGGACUCCAAUGGUGAGACCCUCACAAAAGAGCCAUUAGAAAAUGGCACUGACCAUGCUGUUAAAUCUCCAGUCUCAUCUCUGUGCAGCAAUACUGCAAUUAUUACAGACCAUCCCCCAGAACAGCCAUUUGUCAACCCCUUAAGUGCGCUUCAGUCUGUCAUGAAUGUCCACCUAGGUAAAGCUGCUAAACCUGCCCUUCCAUCUCUGGACCCUAUGAGCAUGCUCUUCAAGAUGAGCAACAGUCUGGCAGAAAAGGCAGCUGUUGCUGCCUCCACUCCAGCUCAGACCAAAAAGACAAAUGAGCAUCUUGACCGCUACUUCUACCACAUCAACAAUGACCAGCCCAUUGACCUGACUAAAGGCAAAAGUGAUAAGAGCAGCUCCCUGGGAUCAGCUGUGUUGUCCUCUUCCACUUCAACUCCUUCCUCAGUGUCACCUUCUUCAACCAUUACUAUGGCCAAGGCAUCAUCUGCCGUGGCUUCAUUCAUGUCUAAUUCACCUUUGCGCGAAAAUGCGCUGUCUGACAUUUCUGAUAUGCUUCGCAAUUUAACAGAAAGCCAUAUCUCCAAAUCUUCCACCCCGACCAGUCUGUCUGAGCGAUCAGAUGUAGAUGGUGCUACACAUGAGGACUCUGAAGACAUGUCACCAGCACAGAAGCGCAAAGGUCGGCAGUCCAAUUGGAACCCCCAGCAUCUGCUUAUCCUGCAAGCACAGUUUGCCUCCAGCUUGAGACAAACGAAUGAUGGCAAGUAUAUUAUGUCUGACCUCAGCCCACAGGAACGCAUGCAUAUCUCACGUUUCACUGGCCUUUCAAUGACUACCAUUAGCCACUGGCUGGCCAACGUCAAGUACCAGUUGAGGCGGACAGGUGGCACAAAGUUCUUGAAGAACCUUGAUUCUGGCCAUCCUGUGUUCUUCUGUGGUGACUGUGCUUCACAGAUACGCUCCCCUUCCACCUACGUCAGCCAUCUUGAAUCACAUCUGGGCUUUCGGCUUAGAGACCUGGCUAAAUUAUCUGGGGAGCAGCUAGUCAACCAGAUAUCACGUCAUGCAAAGGGACUCUCUGAGAAACUGCUGUCAGCUCAAGCCCAUGCCUUGACCCACUCAAUCCCUAACCCUAACACCAAUUCCAACCCAAGUCCACACUCCAACUCCCAUUCCCCUUCCCCAGACGAGGAAGCCAGUGGCGCCACAUAUCAGUGUAAACUGUGCAACCGGACUUUUGCUAGCAAGCAUGCUGUCAAACUCCAUCUGAGCAAGACUCAUGGCAAAUCCCCUGAGGACCACCUUAUGUAUGUCUGUGAACUUGAGAAACCUUAGCGCUGAUCAAGGACUCACUACUUUGUCUUUCGCCUAUCUCUAUUUCUCAUGCUUUCUCUGAAGCCUUCUCUCUAACAUUUCUUAAAACCAAGAUGAACUGAUGAUGACUAACAAAGAAAUAACUGCACAUAGAUGCCAUAAAACUACUGUUUAGUUUCGGCACAUGAUGUGUGGGUUUUCCUCCUGGAAUAACUCAUUCUGGUUCGGAGACAUUCUCUUUUCUCAUUUUAGGUAAAAAAAAAUAAAUAAGAAAAACAAAAAAGGCAAUUUUCUAACUGUGCAGUGUUGAGUGAAGAGGUUCUGUUGUCACUGGUAAAAUAUGAAGGUAUAUAAGAAAAACUUAAAAUGAAGUUGUAUGUAUUUGGAAGUUGUGUAAAUUGGAUUCAAUUUUAUUUCUUUAGGGUUUUUUUCCUUUCUUUUUUUGGUUUGGGCAUCUCUCAGAUGCAGUAAGCUGCAUGCAUUGAUGAACUGGUUUUGUUUCACUUUUAAUAACUAAAACUUCUUUUUUUUAUUUGUUUGUUUGUUUUUAGUUAAUGUGACCUGUGUGUGCUGAUGUCAGCAGACAAAAUUUAACCCUCUGAGUACGUGCAAAAUCUUGUACAUUGCCAGUCCAGAAUGUAGAAAGUAAAAAGAGAGAAAUCAGAGAUUGGACAUGCCCACGUUCAAAUAUAUUUGAGAGGCCGCAUUAUUGUGUAUUUUGGUACCUCACAAAAUCAAAUAAGAAAAGAAAAAUGGGAAAAGCAUACUAUACAUGAUACCUGAGUGGUUUCUGAUGCAAAACGUGUGUGAAUUCAAAAUAACAGUCUUUUAGUUUUCUGAAAUCAGGGGCCUUUUGAAUUCAGGUCGGUGUAAAAAAUGUACAUAUAAACAUAUAAACUAAUUUCUGUUUAAAUUAUGCAUCAUUUUAUAUUUUUAAUUUAAGAGGAGUAUGACUAUCUACUGGUGCACAAUAUAUGAAGACAUUAAUUAAAUUGUUUUGCACAAUAGUUUUAUAAAUGUUAUUUAAUCAGAUGAUAUAAAAAUUGAGAGGAAAAAAAAAACCCACCCUAAUCUUUUAUUUCCACCUCGUGCUCAAAGGGUUAAACUUCUUGUACAAGACAAUACUUGUUCCAUUGUUUCUUGAACAUUUCAAAAGUUGUACAAAAAGAUGCUACUUUAUAAUGCAAGGAGGAAUUCCACAAAUGUAACCUAUUAUUUAUAAGCACUCUUGGUUGUUGUUUUAUAUUGUAGAAUGCCUUUUUGAUUCGUAACUUUUAUGUUGUUCUGUCUAAUUAUUCUCCCAUGAUUCCACACUGCAGCUUUAUCAUUUUUGGGGGGAUCUGAAGGGUAACCAUGGUUACCCUUCCUCCGAUUGACAGUUCUGCUACAUUUUUGGCAGUUAAUUUGCUGAAAUAACUGACAGCUGCCAGUGAAUGGAAAUAUAAUGUGUAAAAUAAUGGCAUGUAAACAGCACAGGCACUGUUAUGCAUUCUGUGCCGUGAUUCUCUUUUUUGUUGUUGUUGACAAUGAACCACCCAUUAUAUGACUUCAUAUAACCUUUUUUUCUACUGCAGCAUUAAAAUGACAAUGUUUUGUUUUUUGCAAUAA